CAUUUCACAAUUGGACAGGUACGAGGAUAGUUUGUAAGAUAUUAUUGUAGUCAGCUCCAGUGGAACUGCUAAGUUCUUGAAAUGUUGUUCUGCCCAACCUGUGGCAACAUGCUGCUAGUGCAGCGCCCGAACCUUGGUCAAUCUUCAAGGUUCUUCUGCCCAACCUGUCCAUAUGCGUAUCCUAUAGAACGUGAGAUUUCUGUCAAGCAAAAACUCAAAAAGAAAAAAUUAGAUUUAGUAUUCAACUACGAAGAAGCCAUGAAAAAUGCGAGCAAAAGUCAAGAAACCUGCCCACGAUGUGGUCAUGGGGAAGCAUACAGUUAUGACAUGCAGACGCGAUCUGCUGAUGAAGGUGCAACAAUUUUUUUCACAUGCUGCAAUAGAUCGUGUGGGCACCAAUGGCAACACUUCAAUUAACCUAGUCUGUCAAGCCAGAGAGGGUUUGUCAAGAAUUGACAGCAAGCAUUUCCAUCAUUUUUGCAUGGUUAUUUAGCUUGCUAGCUCCUUAUCUUUGAAGUUUGGGUAGUAACCUGCUCUUAAGCUUCUCUGUGUUCUACUCCCUUGAGUUCGGUGUCUGCUUGACUGUUAGUUUCCAGGCUAUAUUAGGCACUUUUCGCCAUGCAGACAUUCGUCU